CCUUCCCUGGGACUGCCCUGUGUCGGAGUGUGGUGGCCCCCACGGACCUGGGCCGCUUCGACAGCAUGGUGAUGCCUGUGGAGCUGGAGGCGUUUGAGGCCCUCAAGAGCCGGGCAGUACGGCCUCCUGCCCUGCGACCGGCCCGGCAAGACACACCACCCAAGCGUCACCUCAUCACCCCUGUGCCUGACAGCCGUGGAGGCUUCUACCUGCUGCCUGCGAAUGGCUUCUCUGAGGAGGAAGAUGAUGGGGAGCUGAGGGAGCGGCUGGGGGACCUCCGGGUCUCCCUGGGUACCUCUGCCUCCUGCCACCCUCAUAAAGGGAUCCCCCCUCUCCAAGACGUGCCAGUAGAUGCCUUCGCCCCACACCGAAGCACCUGCACACCCCCUCCCCAGCCACCCCCCGUUGCUCCCCGGCCCCCCAGACCUAACUGGCUGCUGACAGAGCCCCUGACCCAAGAAGGCCCUCGCCAGAGCCAGAGCCAGAGCCAGAGCCAGGGCCCGGCCCAGAGCCGCAGCCGCAGCCGCAGCCGCAGCCGCAGCCGGGGCCGAGGCAAGUCCCCUGGGCGCAGGCGGUCCCCGUCCCCAGCGCCUAUCCUCACCCCCAGCAUGGCCAACGGGCGCUACCACAAGCCUCGGAAGGCCAGGCCCCCUCUGCCACGACCUCUAGAUGGGCAGGUAGCCAAGGCGAGAGGCAGUCAAGGGCCCAGCGAGAAUGGACCUGGCAGGACAGCUGAGCAGGCAGCCACGAAGGCUCCCAGCGGGGAGCUGAGGACAGUCACGCUGUCCAAGAUGAAACAGUCGUUGGGCAUCAGCAUCUCGGGGGGUAUCGAGUCCAAGGUGCAGCCCAUGGUGAAGAUAGAAAAGAUCUUCCCUGGGGGGGCCGCCUUCCUCAGUGGGGCCCUGCAGGCUGGCUUCGAGCUGGUGGCAGUGGAUGGAGAGAGUCUGGAGCAGGUGACCCACCAGCGCGCAGUGGAUACCAUCCGCCGGGCGUAUCGAAACAAGGCCCGGGAGCCCAUGGAGCUCGUGGUCAGGGUCCCCUGGCCCGACCCGCCAGCCUUGCCCUCUGACUCAUCAGCACCCAGCGAUCGGCUCCUUCCUCCGGACCAUUCCCCUGCCCGCUGACCCCUGGAUGGUACGCCCGUUGGCUGCCAGAACUUCACAGGGCCCUUCCCAACAAUAUCCAGACCUCUGCCACUGACGCCACACCCCCAGCCCAGUCCCCUCUACAACCUUCCAGACUCCAGAUUCUAACCCGGCUCUCCCCACCGAUCCCAUGACUCUUCCCACUGACCUCAGAUCCUCCCACUGACCCCGGAAUCCUCCUGCUCUCCCAGACCUCGCCUACUGACCUUCUGACUCGGGAACCUCCCAGUCCUGCUUGCCUUGCCGACUCACAGAGCUCCACGCCGGUGGCUCAGAUGUCCCUGCUUUCUUCCCUCCCCCAAGGCUCUGCCCUUUCCAGACAAACUUGGUGUCAAGGACAAGGUGCUACUGGGCAGCCUGUGUCACCUACUCGCUGCUCCUAACCUCCCGAGACAGGAAGGUCGAGAAGCCCAAGGUCUGGAACUUGGGAUCAGAGGGUACUUUCUCAUGAUGCCCCUUUGAUUCUCCCAAGCGCUGGGGGACAUGGCCUCUCCGAGAUAGCCCUCAAGCAGUCACUGCGGCCACCUCCCAGCCGCAAGCAGUGUUCUAUGCCAGGAACAGGAUGGAAGCCUUUUCUCAUUUCUCAAACUCAGAGAGACCACUUCCUGUUGUGGUCCACGAGCCGUAGACUUUCUACUGGAUUUGUCCUUUCCCCAUCUCCCUUUCUCCCCCAAAGACCUCCAUGAGGGGUAGGGGAAUAGCCAGCAAAUAAAAGAGGGGCUGGGGGAGGGUCAAACAAGUUCCCAUAAUCUUUCUCCAACACACUCACCUUUUUUUUAAAAAUCAAAAAAUUUUUUAAUUUUUUUCUUUGGGUUUGUACAAGAAAUUUACAGUGUGAAAAAUAUACAAGUGAAAACGAGGCCAUACACCAGGGUGUAGGGAGGGGCAGCUUGGUCACAAACACAAAUAAACAAGACAUUUCUGAGUU